AACACCUAUUUUAAGACCCUGUACACCUCCAUUCACUCUUAACCUGCAGAGAGGAAAAGCUGAACACAAGAAUACAUCUGAAACUCACAACACACAAUACCUCACACCAAAAUGAUAGAAGAACGACAGGCCGGUGCACCCCACGCCGUCCUUCUGGCUGUGGUGGUGGCCAUCGUGCUAGUGGUGCCGCUGCUCGUCGGCGACCAAGGCGAGGCCAUCACGGAGGCCAUCUCCGAGCUCCUGAGCCCGGUGGGUCUUCUCCUCCUCCCCAUCAUCCUCCUCCUCACCAUCCAGUUCCUCUCCUCCGAGCGCGGCUCAUUUGUCUCUAACAUGUUUUCGACUGGUGAUCCCGAUACCAUCCAUAGGGCCAGUGGGUCGCCUGUCGGAGUGGCACUCAUUUUGAUCCUCAUUUUGUUUCUCUUGUACAACCGAGUGUCGAUCUUCGGCGGCGACGACGAUUCCGGUGAGUAGUAACACGGUGGGUGGAUCUGGGUUUUCAGGCUCUAAUUUCUUUGAGUUGUUGGUUUUUGGUUUUGGAUUUUUGUAUACCGUAUAGCGCGUGCGUAGAUUUUUAAUGUAUGGGGUGGAGAAUCGCUCGAGGGCACUCUGGUCAUUGAGAAUAGUGGGCGUUGAAAGCUUUAAUGCUGUAAUUACAGAAUUACCCAUCUCGUUUUGUUGUAUAAUUUUGCUUUCAUUAUGAUAAUUAAUUGGAGGGCAUUUAUUUUUC